AUGGCCGCGCCGGCGGCGGAUUCUUCUUUGCCUCUGCUCACGAGGAAGAGGAACGAGGGGGAGGAGGAGAAAGAAGAGGGAAGGUGGUCGUGGUGGGAGGACACGUGGCGGGAGAUGAAGUUGUUGUGGUACAUCGCCGGGCCGGCGAUCCUAACGUCGGUGUUCCAGUUCUCGCUGGGGUCGGUGACGCAGACACUGGUCGGCCACAUAGGCACCAUUGAGCUCGCCGCCGUCGGCAUCCAGAACCUCGUCAUCGCCGGCAUCGGUUUCGGUGUCAUGUUGGGCAUGGGGAGUGCCUUAGAAACUGUGUGUGGCCAGGCCUAUGGUGCAGGCAAAAUGAGCAUGUUAGGAAUCUACCUGCAGAGAUCAUGGGUAAUUCUUUUAUCAACGGCUAUGCUACUGUCCAUGACUUACGUUUUUGCCACACCAAUAUUAAAGCUCUUGGGACAGAGCGAUGAGAUUGCUGAAUUGGCAGGAAGAUUCUCCAUAUGGAUGAUUCCAGAGCUGUUUGCCUUUGCUGUGGAUUUCCCAAUUCAAAAGUUCCUUCAGGCACAAAGCAAGGUUAUGGCUAUGGCAUGGAUUUCUGCAGCUGUUUUGGUUAUUCAUGUGAUUUUGAGCUGGCUUUUUAUCAUAAAAUUGGAGAUGGGAUUGGUUGGGGCUGCGAUCACUCUCAAUUUUGCCUGGUUUCUUUUAGAUGUGGGGCAGCUGGUAUAUGUUCUCUCAGGAAGCUGCAAGGACUCUUGGACUGGUUUCUCGUGGUUGGCUUUCACAGAGUUGGUCGAUUUCUUAGGGCUUUCCUUGGCUUCAGCUGUCAUGUUAUGCUUGGAAUAUUGGACUCUGAUGGUAUUAGUCUUAUUAGCGGGACUUCUACCAAAUCCUGAAAUAGCUGUGGAUGCUGCUUCCAUUUGCAUGAAUGUGGAAGGAUGGUGUUUCAUGAUUCCAUUGGGAUUUGUCACAGCUGUGAGUGUGAGGGUCUCUAACGAGUUGGGGGCAGGGCGUCCAAAGGCUGCAAAGUUCUCUAUGCUGGUGGUGAUAGUGAUAUCAGUGACCAUACAGACUAUAUUUAUGAUUUUAAUUCUGUUGACGAGGAAGGAUUUUCCAGCACUAUUUACGGACAAUAAAUUAGUAAUGGAUAAAGUGAGCAAAAUUGCGCUUUUUCUGUCUGCUUCGAUUUUUCUCGGUAGCAUACAGCCAGUUCUAUCAGGGGUAGCCAUUGGAGCUGGUUGGCAAACUAGAGUUGCCUACAUAAACCUUGGUUGCUAUUAUGUGGUGGGGCUAUCAAGUGGUGCCUUAAUGGGUUUCAAAUUAAACUUAGGCUUAGAGGGUCUUUGGGGUGGUGUGCUUAGUGGUAUUCUUCUGCAGACCAUUAUCCUUGUUGUCAUUACUUGGCAGACAGAUUGGGAUAAAGAGGCAGCAUUAGCAUUGAAGAGAGUUUCAACAUGGGAAGGCUUGGUAGAUGUCUCCUCAGCUGGAAGAAUAUAGGGCUCAGAAGCAGAAGAUAUCUUGCUUGUUUCGUUCGAAGACUUGACAUUCAUCCAAUCAGCAUGGGGUUGUAAUGAAAUGAAACUACUCGAGCACUGGCAGAGAGAAGACUGAAUUUUCCCUGAACUAACUCCAAAAUCUUUCGGAGAUCAAUGAGCAUGGCAUGAUAGUUAACUUUGUUUUGCAAUGUUCAUUCUUGGGCAAGUGAGAAUUUGAUUUGGAAUCCUUGGUCUUCCAUAGUUCUGGUAUUUUCUUAAGAUGCCUUUAGUUUUGUUACACCAUCUUGGGUAGACACUAUAUUUUUGAAUUGGUUUUUUGCUGUUUCCAAGUAUUCGCUAUGAUGUUUAUCAGGUAAGAUUUCUGUUCUCUCAGCACAUGUUAAAAUAUUGUAUGUUUAAGAACAUGAAGGCAUUGAUCUAAAAUUCCUCAUUAGCAUGCUCAAAUAGGAAUCUGGACUUGGGCUCUGACAGAAUUAGCAUUGGCUAUUUGUCUUGCUGAGGAAAAAAACUCAAAAGGGACCUUUUAUGUUUUCCUGGAAUGAAUGAAUUAUGGAUCAUGACUUAAACAUUUGUCUAUGGCACCUGUCGACAGUGAUUUCAGUGUUCUUCAUGCACUGGAAGUGUUCUCUUUGAUAGUUUGGACAAGCAAAAAUGCAAAUUGGUGUAUAUGGAAGCUUUCAAGGUGGUGUUUACCCAAAAAGAAAAAAAGGCUUUCAAGGUGGUCGCUGAGGAGGAGGGGAGUAAAGGCUAUUCAAUGACUGUCUUUCUAUUCUAGGAUGGUAGUUUGAAGGGAAAGACCUGUAAGGUGGAACGAGUUUAAGGAGGUAGGGUAGGUUGAAGAGAAUUGAUAGUUUUGUCCACUAGU